AUGGACAUGCUAGAGGACCUUGAGAGCUUGCAGUUUGAGUAUGGCAUUCCAGAAGAAGAUCGUACCUGGCUGUUUUUGCAGGGCCGUUCUCGGGGACUGAUGAUCGAAGCCUGUGCCCAUGCAACCUUCUUCUGCAAGCUAGUCUUUAUUUUGAGACAAUCAUUACAUGGGAAUCAAAUCUCUGGAUCUCCUAUCGCCUACGAGAAGCUCAACGUGGGCAUCAUUGGAGGUGGCCACCUCGGGAAGCAGCUGGCUCGGGUACUGUUACAGCUUGUCCCUAUCCCCACUGAGAGCCUGCGGAUCUCCACGCGGAGACCAGAGGUCCUGGAUGAGCUCCAGGAUCUGGGGGUCCAAUGCUUUUACCAUAAUGCCUGUCUGGUAAGUUGGGCCAAUGUUGUAUUCCUCUGCUGCCUGCCAUCUCAGCUGCCUAAUAUCUGCCUAGAAAUUCAAAACAGCCUCGAGAAAACCUGCAUCGUGUACAGCUUUGUAGCUGCUAUCCCAGUACCCAGGUUGAAAUUACUGUUGAACCACACCAAUAUCUUGCGGCCCCAGUAUCAGUGUGCUGAUAAGUUUGUAAAUAUCUGGGGGGCUAAUAAGGAAAUCAUAGCUGCUCUCCAAGAUCCUGUGAUUCUUCGAGCUACCUGCCCCUACAGUCCUGCUGGGGGAAUAUCCCUCAACAUCAAGUGGUUGGAGGGUGUGUUCUAUGCAGCCCUAAACAUCUGCACAGCAAAGGAAAUGUCCCACCCACGCGUGCUGCAGCUUUUGAGUGAACACCUUCUCUCAGUGCACUUUGAAGACUGUGGGGAAGACAGAGCAUCUUGCCCCAAAUUUCAGUUAACAGAUUUUGUCAGCAAAACCUAUGCCAAGAACCUGCCUCUGAAAAGGCCUUUCCCUUGGUUUGAUCUGGUUGCAGUGCAACUCAAGGAAACUCCCUUCAGCCAGCAUCUUUCAAAGAGUACUGCUCUCCAGAACCACCUCACCCAUUUUUACUGUCACUCAUUUGGCAUCUCCCUAUCCAAAGAAGACGAGCCAUCGGUUUCUACUGGCUCUCCAUCCCAAUAA